AUGAACAAUAGUAUUAUUGCGGUUGAUAUCUUGCCAUAUAAUGAUGGCAAACUGGUUAUGUAUGGAGCACCUAAUAAAGAUAUUACACAUUCAGUUUCUGGCAAACUACGUAUAAUAUUAUCGAAACCAUUAAAAACCAAAUUAAUUUCAAUUAAAUUAAAGGGAAAAUCCGAAUAUUCUGAUUGGGAAAAUCAAUAUUCUUGUAUGAAUAUAGUGAAAUUGGAUAAAAUUUUAAGCGAGAAGACUACUUUACCAAGUGGAGUGACGGAUUUGGAUUAUGAAUUUCAUAUCAAUGGGAAUAUUCCGCAAACUUACGUUACAUCAUUUGGUCUUAUAAGAUAUAAAUUAGUAGCUACAGUACAACCAAAUUCUUUACUGACGAAGCAGAGUCGUGUCGAAAGGUCCAUUAAUAUCUCAAGGCAUUAUUUACCCUGUAGCAGAGAACUUUUACCCGCCCCUCCUACAAAAGUUUAUCGAGGUCAAAGAAAAGACAUCUUAAAAUAUGAAUUAGAUAUUCCAACCAUCAUUUGCGUAAAUGAUAAUUCUUUAUUAAUUCGAUUAAGGUUACUUCCUCUUUGUGAUCAAGGAAAAGUGAGAAAGGUCACUUUUGAUUUAAUACAAUCUGAAAAAUACAGGAUUCAACCGUCACCUCAAGAUCUUCAAGAAUUUUCAAUUGAACCCAAUCAACUUGUUGGAAAUGUUCAAUUAAGUAGUUCAUCAAUGGCAAAACGAAAGAGAUCACAUCCAAUUCAUCCAACUUCCUUAAAUAUUUCUUAUGAUGAAGAUACUUGGGACAAUCCUUUAACUUAUAAUUUACCCUUUGUACAACAUAGUUCUCGUCAUAAUAAUAAGGUUAAUGCUAAGAGAACUAAUUUGAAAGCAACCAUAAAAAGUCCUUUAAUGCGUGUCAGGCAUAAAUUAAAGAUCACCAUGUCUUUUGAAUCCAGAGCAGAGAAGACCUUAGAAAUAGGAUUUCCAAUUAUCGUUACGACAAUACCCGAUGAUGAUACAGGCUUCACGUUUUCAAAUAAUGAUUUAAGUGAAAGUAGAUUACCAACUUAUGAUGAUGUCAUCAAUCAUAUUAACGACACUUUACCUCAAGAAGAAGUUGUUUCUCGUCCAAUGACCCCAAUUGAUUCACAUUCUCAAAAUCAUUCGAGAAGUAGUACAAGACCCACGACUCCAAACCUUUAUGAAGAUGGUAGUGGUGAUUCUACUCAUAAUAAUUCUCGUCCUGUUACCCCAACUCCUUCCCCUGUUACCCCUGAUUAUUUCACGAUUAAUUCAAAUACAACAUCCCUUCCGACUUCGGUUUCGGAUCAACAUUUACCUUUACAACCUCCAUUACAUAAAAAGAAAAGUCAGCGUUCUUUAGCUCAAGCCUUAGGAAGGUUAUUUUUACGUUCAGAAAGUAGUUCUCGUCCAACUUCUCCAUCACAAAGUACACCUCCUCAAUUAGACUUGGCUUCACAAAAUUUUGCCUUUUAUUCUUCUCCUUCUGUUGACACAUCACCAACAUUGUACCAACGAUCAUCAGUUAGGAGGAGUAGGACUUUAGCUACUUCGACUACAAGUCCAAGAAGUGGUGUAUCUUCUAUUAAUAAUUCAAGAGCAAAUCAUUUAUACGCUCGAAGCGAUAGUCCAAUAUGGCAUCUUAAUAUGCCUGAUGAAGAUGAUGUACCUGUAAUCACACCUGAGAUUCAUUCGGCUCCUUCAAGUCCACGUGAAUCUUUGGUACCAAGUAUUCCUCGUGUACCAGAAUCGUCCACCUCAAAUAAUCUUCUUCCUCCAGCUUUGGAUUAUGUAAGACAAAGUAGAAGACGAGUUCAUAGAAGAUCAGCCUCAUUCGAUUCUUCUCUAGCAAAAAAUGAAAAUCAAAUUUCUUCUGUAUCAACUACUCCCAUAAGAUCUAAUACUGACAAUUCUUCAAUCGCCACUUUAUUAAGACAUCCUAGUCUCAGUAAUCUUAAAGGUGUUGUGAAACGUCGUCUACAGAAAAAACCUUCUACCGAUGAUAAUAAUGCAUUGAGGCUUGGUAUUAACGAAAUAGAUAUUAAUAUUAUAAUACCAAGUCCAACUUUGGAGUAUUAUAAUAACUCCUAA